AUAUAUAUAUGUUCGAGAAUUAAUUUUGCCCCCUUUUAAAAAUUCUAUUUCUAUUAGCAUGCCAACUUCUCCAAGGGAAAACAGCUCAGAGAUCAACGAAAAGGUUCCUUCAGAUAAUGGCGGAACAAGUUUCAGCAAUGGAAUUUCGGUUUUUUCUACUAUGAUUCUUUCUAAUAACCAUGAGGUGAGAGUCAAUAUUACAAAUUCUGAUAACCAUCAAAAACUGGAGGAUAAAAGCUAUGAUUCUUUCAAAACAUGGUCUGGGAAACUUGAGAGGCAGAUAUCACAUUUACGUGGGAAGCCACGUAAACCUUCACCAGAGAAUUCUGUGGAGCAUGUGGAUGCUUUACCUGUGGAUCGAUACUACGAUGCAUUGGAAGGGCCUGAGAUGGAGAACCUUAGAGCCUCAGAGGAAAUAGUGCUACCAGAUGACAAGUUAUGGCCAUUUCUUCUCCGAUAUCCCAUCACUUCAUUCGGUAUCUGUCUUGGCAUUAGCAGCCAGGCAAUCAUGUGGAAAACCCUGGCCACCUCUGCUUCCACAAAAUUUCUCCAUAUUAGCCCAAAGGUGAAUCUUAUCCUAUGGUGCAUCUCUCUUGCUCUUGUAGCCACUGUUGCUUCCAUCUAUCUUGUCAAAGUGAUUCUCUACUUUGAAGCAGUUCGCCGUGAAUACUACCACCCAAUCCGUGUCAAUUUCUUCUUUGCACCAUGGAUAGCCCUCCUGUUCUUAGCACUUGGAGUGCCUCCAUCAGUUGCUAACAACCUGCAUAGUGUCCUUUGGUUCAUUCUCAUGACUCCAAUCCUCUGUCUUGAGCUUAAGAUCUACGGACAGUGGAUGUGUGGAGGACAAAGAAGGCUUUCAAGAGUGGCGAAUCCUUCAAAUCAUCUCUCAAUUUUAGGGAACUUUGUUGGGGCAUUGUUGGGUGCAUCAAUGGGGCUAAAAGAAGGGCCUAUUUUCUUCUUUGCUGUUGGGUUGGCUCACUACACAGUGCUAUUUGUAACCCUCUAUCAGAGACUUCCAACAAAUGAAACGCUCCAAAAGGAGCUCCAUCCAGUAUUCUUUCUAUUUGUUGCAGCACCAAGCGUUGCUUCCAUGGCAUGGGCAAAGAUUCAAGGCUCCUUUGAUUAUGGCUCGAGGAUUGCUUAUUUCAUUGCCCUGUUUCUUUAUUUCUCACUAGCAGUUCGUAUAAAUUUUUUCCGAGGAUUUAAGUUCUCAUUGGCUUGGUGGGCUUACACUUUCCCCAUGACUGGAGCUGCCAUUGCAACCAUUAGGUACUCAAAUGAAGUCACCAACAUAUUAACUCGAACUCUAGCUGUCAUACUCUCUAUCACCUCUACUUUUAUAGUCACAGCUCUGCUUGUAACCACAAUAGUACAUGCGUUUGUGCUUCGAGACCUGUUCCCUAAUGACAUCGCCAUUGCCAUUAGCGAGAAGAGACCAAAACAUCAUCAUCAUCGUCACAAGAAAUGGUCCCAUCGAAGACGUGGAAGCUCAGAAAAUAAAGAGAUUGAAAAUUACGGGUAGUAUGAAACCUCAGAUUGGGAAGACAUAGAAGCUUCUACAAACCCCUCCUAGUAGCUUAUUAGACCGUGGUAAAUAAGUAGUGAACGCCUAUGACCAAGUGGCUGCCAUUUUCUGAAUCUUCAACCUAGCGCCCUGGCCAGGCGAGGCACUCGAGAAAUUAAUUUGCAAGGAAAAUUCUAGUGAGCAUGUGUUGACGAGGAAUUUAGGGUUUAUGUGGUGAGGUUGAGUACUGUAUUGUUCUAUGGGAUAAGUGAGGAAUAAAUUAGCAAAUUUAAGCAUAAA